AUGGCUGGUAAAGAAAGUUGUGAGACAGAAAGAAAAAAAAAAAUUCCUUCAAUCUUUUUACGAUGCAAAAAAAGUGGUGUGGUCAUGUCAUCUACCGAGGACGAGCUAGUACGACAACUAGCCCAACACACAGACCUUUCUUCCCUUGCAUCCUUCAACUCCUCCAUCCACCCUUACCAGUUCGACUUUAUCAUCGAGCACGAACGUGGAAUAAAACUCUUUGGUAUCCCGUUGUUUUCGCACAAAUCAUUAUGGCCCAUAAUCGACCCGUCGCAUUACCAAAGCAUCAACGGCAAGAAAUUGUCGAUCCCCAUAUCCCUUGAAAACUACCCCCUACCAGACUUUGAUUGGCAAUGGCAAUGGGACCGCUGGUACGUCUUUAUGUUCAACGACGUCGACCCGCACGGGUGGAUGUACUCAAACGUGUUUUUCCAGUGCGCCAAGUGGAAGGGUAAAUACUAUUUUGGCAACACAGUAAGAAAGAGAGUCUGGAUAAGACUAAGGAAGAAAUGCUCCCCCUAG